CCUAUUUAUCAUACACAAUGGGACGCAAUUCCACGACAUUUCAGGAGGGAAAUGAGCUCUUCGAGUGUGAAUCCACCGCUAGAAGGCACAACUGGUGUGCCCAGCAAGGAAAAGCCACUCGCAAACAGUCCACCGAUCGUCAUUCCAACCCCCACAGACUCGACACAAUCGAGUGGAAAGGCAGAGUCGAAUCGACUACUACUUGAUAGUGCACACCCUGGAUCGGCACCUCCACCUCCACAAGUACAACGAACGCGACCCCGACUGCGGGCUAGCAAAGCCGCCAUGACGCUCACACCUACUGCGGUGACACGUCUAAGGACACUAUUGUCCGGUCCAACCCCCCAAUACAUACGCGUGGGUGUACGCAAUAAAGGGUGUGCGGGCAUGUCGUAUCACCUCGAGUACGUCGACAAACCCAGCAAGUUUGAUGAGCAGGUGGAGCAGGAUGGGGUCAAGGUGCUCAUCGAUUCCAAGGCGCUGUUUAGUAUCAUUGGGAGUGAGAUGGACUGGGUCGAGGAUAAACUGAGGUGCGUCAUGGUUAUUGUUAUUGUUUUUGGUGCUGAUUGUGGUGUAGCUCCAAAUUUGCGUUCAAGAAUCCGAAUGUCAAGGAUGCGUGUGGGUGUGGAGAGUCGUUCAACGUGCAGCCUAGCAUUGACUCGUAAUAUACAACUCGCAAUAAUGAAUUUUUCACCGCUCAAUAGAGGCAUUUGGUUUGUAUCAUUAUCACUCGAUGUAAUGCAAUAUCUAUACAUCAAAUCUCUAAAGGUCAAACUGUGUGCAAUCCUGACCGAGGAACUCUAUCCCAUCGCUUCCCCUGUGUCACCCACGGCACGGCAUGACCCCGACCCCGAGAGGGAAGAAAAAAGAGCGCUGCAGGGUAGCAAUGUUACGAAUAUUCUCGGUCUUUUGCAAAAGUCUUGUCGACAGAAUUGGAAGGGUUUGCAAGGCAAUGGGAACGGUGGCACGUGCAUGUCUUCUCUGAUGAACCUCAAAGACAAGGGCAGAGGGAUGGAUACGCCCACAAUCCAGGCCUCCAAGAUAACCU